CUAACUAAUUAGGCAUCAUGAAUUGGAGAAGUCCACUUCUCUCCAUCCUCCCGCUCUAGAUUUCAUGUGAGCGAUAAAAGCAAUUGUAGAGAGAGAAAGUGGAUUUCUCUCUCUAACGCUCGCCCAAGCCUCCUCUCCCUUUGUCUCUCUACCCAAAGAGUAAAGGGGAAGUAAACCCAAUUCUAGAGAGAGAAACGCACAGGAGACCAAAAGACUAAACAAAACACAGUGUUCCUCACCUCCCCAUUUAUGUUCUUAUUUUAGACUCAGAUCAAACUAUGGAGUUCGUCGGCAAAAUUGUUGAGAAGGAGUUUGAGGGCUACGGUGUCUUCUCAGGCUUCAUCCAAUCGUACGACGCGUCGUCCGGCUUCUUCGAGAUCGUCUACGAGGACGGCGAUUCUGAGGAGCUCGAUUUCUCUGAGGUCGCUGCUCUGUUGGACUGCAAAGAAGCUAACCCCGCUGACCACAAGCAACGGCUUGGCCGCAGGCCCAAGAAGCGCCGUCGAGUCGAGCCAAGGAAGCGUGAAGACCGAGGAGGUGAAGAAGAGUUAGGUAAUGCUAUUUCUCAUACUCGGGCAAAUGCAGAAAACCUAGGGAUAGAAAGUGGUGGUCUCGUUGAGGCUAAUGGGAAAUUCCAUAUGGAUGGGAAUGUUGUUGUGACUGAUGGGUUUAUUGGGAACUUGAGAGAAGUUGAUCGUGGUAACCGGCAUUUGGGAAAUGUGACCGUUGAUUUGAAUGAAGCUCUGGAGAAAGGGAGUGGUGUUGUGGAGACUUUGAGAGAAAGGGGGUCUGAUGAUGGGAGUACGAUUGGAAAUUGUAGCAUCAAGGAGGCCCUUGAUUUGAAUGCUGGGUUUAACUUAAAUUUAAAUGAAGCGUUUGAUAUGAAUGAAGAGGAUGAUUUAAAUACCCACAUUUUGAGAAAUCUGAAGAAGAGAGAGUGUAUAGACUUGAAUUUGGAUGUGAACAGUGAUGUGGAUGAGAAUAUGUGGGAGGUUGAUAUGGGGGUUACUCACACAGAGAGACAGAAGAAGGAAUGUGGAUUUGAUUUGAAUUUUGGAAUGGACAAGGAAGUUAAGGUUGACUUGGAUGGCGAUUUUGGAGGGGAAGCCAAGGAAAGGACAUAUUGCAAUAUCGUUAAAUUAGGGACUGGAGAGAUGGAUGAUGCCAGUGGAGCUUUGGAUAGAAUCCGUAAGCAAGGUGCUACUGUAAAUGGGACUUUGCAGGAAGUUCAUGUCCAGAAUGAUUCAUAUGUAGGGUUGGCUAUUUCUGGUGAAGAUUCCAGGGCUGGUGAUUCUGCUGAAGUGCAUGAUGCUAAAAAUACAGAAGAGGACUCUGCUGAGGUGGUUGAUGGGAACCGAUGUUAUAUGAUAAGUGCUAAUAAAGAAGGGAGUUGUGGGAGGAGGAGGAGGGGGAGGAGGAGAAGCAUUGCAAAUAGUUUGAAUUCUGCACCAGAAGCAACAGUAUUUACAGAUGCGGCUGUAAUUUAUGGGAACGAAGGUGAGAUAGGAAGUGCAUAUAAAGAAAGUAAUGUUAGUCAGAGGAGGGCAAAGCUGGUUGAUACCUCAAGUUCUGCACUAGAAACAUCAUUUGGAUAUGCUGAGGUUUCCAAGAAAGAUUGUAUUGUGGUAAGUGAUGGGAAGCAAGAUGACAUUGGAAGUGCGUCUAAAGAAGUGACAGGUAAUUGUAGAAAGAGAAGAAAGUUUUCAGAUCAUGUGAAUGCCACACCACAAAUGACAGUGCUGAGAAGGAGUACUCGUCGAGGUUCAGCUAAAACCAAUAUUUCAACCACAACAGCAUUAAGUGAAGUCCACGAUUUAUCUGUGUCUCCAGCAGUUAGUGCAUUAACUGAGGAGAGACCUGCGAAAUCUUUUUGUGAAUGGCCUGAAGAGCCUGCGGUUCUUCCUCCAAAGGUGCAACUGCCACCUUCUUCACAGAAUUUGGAUUUGGAUGGAAUUUCAAUAAUCAAUAUUUUAUCCGUUUAUGCCUGUCUAAGAUCGUUUAGUAUAUUAUUGUUCUUAAGUCCCUUCGAGUUGGAGGAAUUUGUGGCAGCUAUGAAGUGCAACUCUCCUAGCUUAUUGUUUGAUUGCAUUCAUGUUUCCCUUUUGCAAACUCUAAGAUUGCAUUUGGAGUACCUCUCAAAUGAAGGUUCCAAAUCCGCUUCUAUUUGCUUGAGGAGUAUUAACUGGGGUUUGUUGGACUUGAACACUUGGCCUGUUUUUAUGGUUGAGUACUUCCUAAUCCAUGGUUCAGAUUUGAAACCUUGCUUCAAUUUUUGUCACUUGAAUCUCUUAAAAAAUGACUACUACAAACAGCCCGUUUCUGUGAAAAUUGAGAUACUGAAACAGCUAUGUGAUGAUAUAAUUGAGGUGGAAGCCAUUAGGUCAGAGCUUGAUAGAAGAUCUUUGGGCGCUGAGUCUGAUAUGGACUUUGAUCGAAAUAAGGGUGCUGGGGUUUUCAAGAAAAGAAGGGCCAGGACUGGGAUGGACAUCUCAGCUGGCUCUUGCUUAACUGAGGAGGUUGUUGAUGACACCACUGACUGGAAUAGUGAUGAAUGCUGUCUUUGUAAGAUGGAUGGGAGCUUGAUAUGCUGUGAUGGUUGCCCUGCUGCCUUUCAUUCAAAGUGUGUAGGUGUUGCCAAUGAGUAUUUGCCAGAGGGUGACUGGUUCUGCCCUGAGUGUGCCAUAGACAGGUGUACGCCUUGGAUAAGCCCUCGAAAGUCACUUCGAGGGGCAGAGCCAUUGGGGGUUGAUUGUUAUGGUCGGUUAUUUUUUAGCUGCUGUGGUUAUUUAUUGGUGUCAGAUUCAUGUGAAACUGAAUCCUUAUUUACUUAUUACCAUAGAGAUGAUAUUAAUGCUGUUAUUGAAGUGCUGAGGUCUUCACAGAUGGCUUAUAGCAGCAUAUUAGAGGCAAUCCACAAGCAUUGGGAUAUCCCUGUCAGUUUAUAUGGAGCUAGUAGGAACCUGGAUUUAUGCUUGGAUAUGUGCAUGCCUCAAGCUUCAUUGGCAUAUCCGGAAAGAUGUACAAUUAAAGGUGAUAUUGAUAAUGAAAGUAAACCAGAAGAAAAGUCUGUCACGGGAUGUUCUGGUCAUAUUAAUUUUGAGGUUUCAAAGCCGUUGAGUCUAACAUCUGUGAGUUCUGAAGGAUCAGCUGAAAUAGCUCAAGCAAGUUUACAGAAUCAAGAUUUUCAAAAAGAAGGGCCUGAUUGUUCUAAUAGAACUGCUGAUUUCUUAAAUGAAUCUGAUAUACAAGGGAAGUUCCCACCCUCGGAAGACAAUUCAUUGACAUCAUCCAGUUUGGAUUUAAGAGGCAAGAAUGUAAUAGCAUCUGCAGCUGAUGGUCACCUUUCAUCAGCUUUAGAUCAGACAAAUGGGAACACAUCACAAGUGCAGCUGGGAACUGGCUACACAAACUAUUACAGUUUUGGUCAUAUAGCUUCAUCAAUUGCAGAAGAGUUUAUGCACAAGUCAUCAGACAAAAGCAUUGAAGACUCUAUAAAAACAGAUGAGGAAAUCAUUUCAGCGCAGAUGAAGAUUAUUUCAAAGAGAACUGCCAAGUUUUGUUGGUCAAAUAUUCCAAGAUUGAAUGUUGGUGUGCAGAAGGAAAAAUGUGGGUGGUGUUUCACUUGUAGGGUUUCUUCUGAUGGCUUAGGUUGCUUGUUUAAUCUGUGUUUGGAUCCAGUUCAGAGAGGGCCUGUGGAUGGCGUUGUUGGCCUCCCAUCAAAAAGAAUUGAGAAAGCCCAUCUUACAGAUAUAAUAAGUCAUAUUCUCUUGAUUGAAGACAGGUUGCAAGGCCUUCUGUUAGGUCCAUGGCUGAAUCCACAUUAUAGCAGGGUCUGGCGUGAAAGUGUUCUCAAGGCAUCAGAUAUUUUGUCUGUGAAACACUUAUUGCUCAUAUUGGAGUCAAAUCUGCAGCGUCUUGCACUUUCAGCGGAGUGGUUGAAACAUGUGGAUUCUGCCCCCGCUAUGGGUUCAGCUUCUCAUAUUGUCACAGCUUCGCUGCGCGCUUCUUUGAAGAAUGGAAUUGGUAGGAAGAGGGUUAGGAACUCAGAUUCUAAUCCUUCUUCAAAAUCUGCCAGUGGAUUGGGUAUGUUAUGGUGGAGGGGUGGUAGGAUUUCUCGCCGUUUAUUUAGUUGGAAGGUUUUACCUCGCCCCUUGGUAUCCAAAGCUGCCAGACAAGCUGGAUGUGUGAAGAUACCAGGCAUUUUAUAUCCUGAGAAUUCAGAUUUUGCAAAGAGGAGCAAAUAUGUCUCUUGGCGAGCUGCUGUGGAGUCAUCAACUACUGUAGAACAGCUUGCCUUGCAGGUUAGAGAGCUUGACUCUAACAUCAGGUGGCAUGAUAUUGGAAACAAAAAUCCAUCGUCAAUUGUGGACAAGGAAUUUAAAAAAUCAUUCAGGCUAUUCAAGAAAGUAAUUGUCCGUAGGAAGUGCAUAGAAGGAGAAGCGGCAAAGUAUCUUCUUGAUUUUGGCAAGAGGAAAAUUAUUCCUGAAAUUGUUUUAAAGCAUGGAUCUGUGGUUGAAGAAUCCUCCAGUAGGAGGAGGAAAUAUUGGUUGAAUGAAUCAUAUGUUCCAUUGUAUCUUUUGAAAAGUUUUGAAGAGAAAAGAAUUGCCCGCAGAUCUAGUAAGAUUAGUUCUGGGAAACCUUCUGAUGUUGGUGUUGUAGUGAAGAAACCAUCAAAGGAAAGAGGUUUCUCAUAUCUUUUUGCGAAAGCUGAAAGAUCAGAAUACCAUCAGUGUGCCCACUGUAACAAAGAUGUUCCAAUCAGGGAGGCUGUGUGCUGUCAGUAUUGCAAGGGAUUUUUUCAUAAAAGGCAUGUGAGGAAGACGGCUGGUUCCGUCACUGCUGAAUGUAUGUACACAUGCCACAGAUGCCUUGGUGCGAAAUAUGUGAAACUUGACUCGAAAGUGGGGAAGAGUGAUGGAAAGAGAGGGAGAAACAAGAAGAAAAAUAUGAGUGCUCAGCAUCAAAGGUCAAAAAAGGCUUCUGUAGGUUGCAGGUCAGUGCGAGUUAAAAGCAGUAAAAAAGAAGUGAAGGGCCCAUGGUCUCUACGAUCACAAAAGAAAAAGAAAGUAGCUGUUGUUGUGCCUCUUCGUCGUUCACCUAGGAAAGCUAAAUGCAACUCUUUGCAAAAUAAAAAAGUUGGAGGAAUCAAGAAAGAUAAACAGGUCAAAUCCAAAAAAGCAACAUAUAAGAAACCAACAAAGGUUACUUCAUGGCGCAAGAAGAGGACACAGACUUAUCGUAGUUACUGGAUUAAUGGUCUUCUAUUGUCUAGAAAGCCAGAUGAUGAACGCGUUGCCAAUUUUAAGAGUAAAAGUUUUGUUGCCUCUGCCAAGAGUGAUAUACUUGAUCAACCCAAGUGCCAUCUUUGCUGUGAAGGUGGAUAUACAUCUACCUUGAAUUAUAUUUCUUGUGAGAGGUGUGGAGAGUGGUUUCAUGCAGAUGCUUUUGGACUUGAUGUGGAGAAAAGCGAUAAGCUUAUUGGAUUUAGGUGCCAUGUGUGCCGUAAAAGUACCCCUCCUGUUUGCCCACAAGUAUCAACCAAAAGAAGACGUGAUAUUCGCAAUGAACUCUCUGGGGAAGCAACCAAUGCUGUCUCACAAUGUGAGGGAUUGCAAAAUGAUACUCGGAAUGAACUUUCUGAGGGAGCAACACAUAAUGGCCUGCAUUCAAGUGAGGUGGACCAAAAUGUUGUCCAGAAUGAACAUUCUGAGGAAGCAACAAAUAUCCGGCACCCAAGUGAGAUAAAUUCAUUGCAAGAUUUGCUUGCAAAUGAGGAUAAUCAAGUUUCAUUUCCUGUUGAUGAGCCUUUCCAUAGGAAGGAGCAAUAUUCAGAUCAUAGUUUUGCCCCUGGAUCUAGGUUUGAGGUGAGCAAUGGGCAGUUACCUGAUUAUGUGAAGGAGAAUACUGGUGAAACUCAAAUUUCUAACAAGAAAUUGAAUUCAGAACUCAUAUCAUGUAAUGGAAAUCAUACGCCCAAAGAGAAUACAAUUGAACCAGAACAAGAUGCUAUUGUAACUUCAUUUGAUAAAUUGCAAACCUCUUCCUGCAAUGAUGAUGUGGAUGUGAUACAAACUGAACUGGCACCAUCAGGGUGUGAGCCCCCAUCUUGAAGUCAUCAAUUGAUGGAGUCCUUGUUGAUUCCAUGGAGUUGAAUCCAAUUCAUUUAUGACGGUGAACUGAAAUAAGCGGAGGGAAGAGAUCUAAGUGUUGAUUUGAUUUGAUCUGUAGGCCUGCAUUUAAUUGGUGAAACGAAGAACUGUAGAGGGUAGAGUUAUUUGUAAAUCUUCUAAUGUUGAAAUUCAUGGUAGAAGUUUAAAAGAUAAACUGGGUUGAUUCAUUUGAAACUGAGAAAUAACAGAGUUCCUCUGUGGCUACAGUCUCUUUGCGACUCGCAAUGAGGAAGAAAGCUCCGCUGCAUUGCUUUGGCGUUCAAGGUUCUCAAGUUCCAUGAAUGUUUGAUAAACCCUUAUCCUGAGAGGUUUUGGAUAGUCUCUUUUUUUGACAAGGUCUGCUGUCAAUUAACGUUUUACAUUUCCGAAGAGGUUGCUACAAUGCUUUUGGGCUCAAGUAAUCAAAAUUUGUUUGGUUGGUUGGUUGAGAGAGCUUUAAGGCAUAGAAUGGCAACUGAUGGAUAGAUGUUGCGUUGCGAGGCAAGACAUGGGGAACACAUUGUUUCAUAACCAAGUGAGUGGUCUUAAUAUCUUAGCACAUUGAUAAUUCAGGUUCACUUUGGAAUGAAAUUUAGCAUUUGUUAGCUGCAAAAUCUCAUGCAGAUAUUAUAUUAAAAUAGUCUAAUUGAUAUCUGAUUGCAUACUUGUUUGAUUUGUGAUAGUUCUCAUAUCAUACUUAUGAUUUUCUUAUAC